AUGUUGUCCACCCCGCAGCCGUAUCCCACCGUUGCCAACAACGUGCCGGCUCCCGACGAUGCUCAGAUCGAGUCACGCAUGCCCACCGUCUGCGUCGACUACCUCAGUCACCAGUGGACUGACGAAGAUGUGUGGAGCAGCUGGAAGGCCAUGACAAAGCAAAAGAACCAGAUUGCCAACGGCGUCAGGCUCGAAAAUGCAAGUUGGCGUACAUGGGCAAAGCAGCGCGGCAACCUCAAGACUAUCAGCCCCGAAACACUCAACUGGCUGAAAGACAGCGAUGUGACGUGGUUGUAUGGUCCGCUCCACGAGCACGUCGAGUCCGUUCCACCUCCCAAACUUGCUACCACCGCAGAUCGCUUGGAUCUCGACGAUGGUCACCGCGUCCGUUCCAUCCUCAAGCAUCGCACCAUUUCCGACAUGCUCACAACACCAGGAAACGCCACUUCACCCAAUAUUGAGCUCGAGACCAACCCCAUUGAUGACCACAUGCAACAACAGGAUCGCCAGGCUGAGCAAGCCGCCGCUGCUCAGCGCAAGCCGCUGUUUUCCGUUAAAUCCGACUCGAAUCUCGUCAGCAAGGCGCCCAAGCGCGCCGGAAGCUCGCCCAACGCCAUGCCUUUGGUCUCGGCGCAAAAGAAAAAGUCUCCCAGCAUCAAUCGCGCCGACAGCAUGGGCCCCGACGAAAAGCGUCACAUCAGCUUCAACCACCGUGUCGAGCAGUGCAUCGCAUUGGAUCACCAGUAUCCCGACUACGACGACUACGAUGAGGACGAAUUCGACGAGGAAGACGAGGAUGCAAGCAGCGAAGAGGAGGAAGUGCUCACCAUGAAAUCGAGUCCAAGAACUUCACCUGCCAUUUCUCACGCUUCGGCCUCUUCCUCGAAAAACUCGGAACUCCAAGUAACCAUCGCCAAGCUGGCCCCGACUCGUCUCAAGACUUCCGAGAUAUAUCCAGCGCCCUCCCCCGCCGUAGUCGAUCCCACCGGCUUCCUUGCCACGCGCGCCAACAACGGCAGCACCGUAUCCACGUAUCCCGCCCAGUACGGCUACGCCCGUGCCGGUGUCCCAGCCAACCAUGGCGAUCCCACCGCACGAGGCGUUCAAUGGGAUCUUGAUGAUGAUUUCCACGGCGAUUUUGACUAUUUCGACGGCCCAGACAUGGAAGACGGCUCGGGCGACCAUGCCAACUCGAAUGGGCCGGUUUUUAACACAGGCGACGCUGCGAGCAGCCCUGACGCUCCCCGAACCUACGGAAGCUUCUUUGACCAUAGCGAGUCAGACAGGACUGACGGAUCCACAUCAUCCACGUCGCCUCAAGAUCUAGCAGCCGCAGCACCGGAACAGUCGCAGGCCAGUGUUGCACCCAGAGGUAUCCUCAAGCAUAGAAUCGUGCACCAAACUCCCGCAGAGGAUUACGAAUCGCGCAGUCUCGAGGCCGAGGGCGACUAUGACGUUCUCGGCACCUCGCAUCACGAAUCUUCCUCGUUUGUAGAUGCGUACGAGUCGUCGCGCGGCGACAAUUCACGUGAGCGUGGUCGACCCUCACAACGGCUCGGUAGCUCGACGAGCUACGAGCGCAUCCAGGAGGCAGCCAGACAAGGACGCGUACGCACCAACAGUGCCACCUCGUCCGGACACUCGCCGACCAAUUCGACCGUCAACGGUAGCUACGACCGAUAUUCAGCCGCAUCGGCCAGCCCGACUUCCUCGUCGUCGUCGCCCGCCAAUGCGCGGAGUAAUGUACGGAGUAGUGGCGAUUCCUUUCGGAGCGGCGCCAAGGACGGUCCGCGAGAUGGAACUGAUGGACUUGGAGCUGGAGAUGCAGCACCGCACGGAGGAAAGGCGCGUCCGGUCGCGAAUCGGUCCUUGAACGAGUACGACUCGGACGGGCAAGGCUCGUACGGUUUGGCCAGCCCGCAUUUCCCUGCAAGCCCGCAUCUGGAUGCAAAAGACAAUGCGGGCUCGAACCGAUCUUCGCAAGAUCGUGAUGGCGAUCGGUACAUGUACGGCGAAGAAAGGAGCUAUUGGUCGGACGACAGAAAAGGCGGUUCCAAAGCUGCUUCUGCACGAGCGAAUUCGAGCUCGUCGAGUGCGGCUGCUACCGAGCUGAGCGUCGACGUGUCUAACAUCCCGAGUAAUGCGCCACGCGCCACGAAAGCGGGUAGCGUUACGAGCCCUGAUGGUCCGGUAGAGGUGGGGCCUACGCCGCUCAAUACGCCCACAUUCAUUCUGGCGAGGGCGAGCGGCAAACGUCGCUCUGGUUCAGGAAGUGGAGCCGAUAUCUCUGGCGGCGGUCCAUCGAGCCCUACUCUGCCACGGAGGACGAGUGCGACAGGAGCGUUGGUUGCACCUCACAAUUCGGAGCCUCGUGUACCGCUAGCACACGAUUACGUAGAGGAGGACGAAGGCGGUAUCAUCGGACGAGCAGUCGAGAUCGUCAACACGGCAAGAGACUUGAUUGGCGCGCUGUUGGGUACAGGUGAUCGGGGCAGGUCGUGGCGUGAAGGCUAG